AUGAGUACAUCUUCCAAUGUUAAUAUUUUGGGCGGUGACAACACUAGAGGAAAUUCUAACAGUUUGCUCAUAGAGUUAGCUGAUUUAUUGAAUAUUAAAGAAAUUGACGAUACAACUUUGCAAGUGUGCAUUAAGCUUAUAGAUCAAGGUAUUGAUCCGCAACAAUUGGCUACAUAUAUAUUGAAAAUCAAUAAUGAAACUCGGUCAGUAUUGUCUUAG